UCACCGCUCAGUAUUCAAAAAUCGCAGCCAGUUUGCGCGUCGCUGCCAAUCGCGAAUGACGAGAAUUUCUAAAUAUUUUUGUAAAUGCUGCUAAAAAUCAAAAUAGUUCUGUGUUUUCUGUGCGUGAAUUGAGUUGUUAAAUUCGCAAUUUCACCACCUCCAUUUGGUGUUUAGUUGUAGUUUUUAUUGAAGCGUAAUAAAUUUGUUUUGUAUGACUACAAACAAAUAAAAAGUAGCAGGAAAGUGAAAUAAUAAAGAGUUGAAAGAAUUUCAAUAGAAAAUUUUGUCUUUCAUUCAAAAACAAAAAACACAAAACGAACGAAAAACUUCACAAAAGAAUGGCAACUUGGCAUGCUGCAGCAUUGCUCUUCUGCUUAAUUAAUUUAUUAAGUUUUGAAUUCGUCUCACCUUGGCUGAAUUUCAACAGUUAUGUGUCCAAGAAGCGCACGGAUCUGAAGAAACGUUGUCCGAAUGUGCGCGCCAUCCGCAAUUUUGACCUGGAAUCGAUGAUGGGAUUCUGGUAUGUUGUCCAGUACUACGCAUCGACGGAGGAAUUGCCCGAAUAUGCCUGCAUGCAUAGUCAUUUUACGUUCUCUGCCGAGGAUCAGCAUAUCACCAUGAAUUUCAGUUACAUCUUUGCCGAAGAUCCGUUGCGUGAAAAAUUGCAAGGCAACAUUACCUGGAUGAUACCGGAUUUCGAAACACCAGCACAUUGGAUGCAUACGGAAGAUAUUUAUGAAGGCAUCUACAACACUUACAUCAUCGAUACGGAUUACAAAUCGUGGGGCCUCAUAAUGCAUUGCGCCGAGAAGAAAAAAUCACCGCGUUAUUUAUCAGCUUUGCUGCUGUCGCGGGAACCACAAUUAGGGGAGAAUGUCAUCAACUUUUUGAGAGAAAAGUUACCCCGGUAUGAUAUCGACCUGUCCUUCAUGUUUCCAAUCAAUCAAACUUGCGACAAUUUAAUGGAAUCCGUUGAUGAUGAUCCUUUGGCUUAUAUAAUAAAUGGACGAAAGAAUGCAAAAAAUAUAUUCAAAGUUAUUUUAAAGCCUUAAGCAAAGCACCAGUAUAAGCCGUACUAUAAAGUUAAAAAAAAUGUACAAUAGUAGUAUUAAAUAAAUAUUAUAAUUAAUUUAACGUGCAAUUGUUGUUU